AUGAUCGCAAUUCCAUUGCUGGUCGGCUGGCUGUGCCUUUUGCUGGCCGCAGCGCUCAUGGCAUUGAGAAAGACUCGCCGAAACUUACCGCCAGGACCAAGGCGACUACCCAUCAUUGGAAACCUCCUGGACAUGCCACCAGCUGGCGGGCGCAAUUGGGAGCACUAUGCCAAGCAGAACGAGCUACACGGACCAAUAUCAUCCCUUACCGCAUUUGGUACCACUGUCAUUCUCUUGCAUGAUUUUGAGCUUGCACAGCAAUUCCUGGAAAAGAGGGCAGUCGUAGUCUCGGGCAGACCACGACCAUUCUUUCUGACAGAGAUGUGCGGUUGGGUUAGCAACAUGGGCUUCAUGGGCUACAACCAACGUCUGCGUGCAAUGCGGAGGCACAUGUACUCCAACCUUGGCACGCAGGCGGCGAUGGUCAAGUAUGGUGAUAUGCAAGAUAUCGAAACCCGACGGUUUCUGUUGCGUUGGUCGAAUGAUCCUGCGAGGUUCUUGGACCAUAUCAAGAGCGAGGCUGCUGGGAUAAUGCUGAAGAGCAUCUAUGGCUACACGCUCAACUUGGAAGGCACAGAUCCCAUCAUCACGAUCGUAGAGGUGGCCAUUGCGGACGCUUUGAUAGCUGGCCAGCCCGGAGCAUGGCUGGUAGAUUUCGUUCCAGCGUUACGCUACCUGCCCGACUGGUUUCCUGGCACAGACUUCAAGCAAGUCGCUAAAGAGAUCACCACAACAAUGCGAGACCACUCAGGAAAGCCCUGGGAGGUUGUCAAGCACCAAAUGGCAAAGGGGACCUACGAUUCAUCCUUUGUCUCGCGCCUACACGAGCAGGCAGGUGGUGAACUGACCGGUGAAGAUGCUGAAGUAGCAAAGUGGGCAGCGAAUGGACUUUACGGUGGCGGUGCCGAUACUACUGUCUCAUCUAUCAUGGCGUUCUUUCUACUCAUGACGCAUCACCCUGAGGCUCAACAACGGGCACAGGACGAGAUUGAUCGCACCGUUGGCCAGGAUCGUCUCCCAGGUCUAGAGGAUCGUGGCCAUCUGCCGUAUACAGAAGCGAUCGUCAGUGAAGUCCUACGCUUCCAUACCCCAGCACCAGAGGGUUUGCCUCAUGCUACUACUGAAGAUUGUGAGCUUGAGCGAUACUUCAUACCGAAAGAUGCUGUAGUCAUUCCCAACGUGUGGCUGUUUGCCCAUGAUCUAGCAACAUACCGCGACCCUUUUAACUUCAACCCGGACCGCUUCCUGGGCAACCACCCCGAGCUCGACCCGCGAGCGUUCAUCUUUGGGUUUGGCCGCCGUAUCUGUCCAGGUCAACUGCUCGCCAACUCGAAUCUGUUCUUAACACUCUCGCGCACUCUCGCUGCUUUCAACAUUGGCAAGCCAGUAGACAGCGGUGGUCAUGAGUAUACACCACCGCUGGACUUCGAGCAUGGCUUCAUCAGCCACCCUGUACCGUUCGAGGCUCGUAUUACGCCUAGAACCGAGAGGUACCGAGAAAUGAUAUUGGAAGUUGAGAGAACACAUCCAAUUGGUAAAGGGAGUUCUGAGGAUAUGGAAGCUCUGAAGGAGUGGUAG